GCCCCAGUGAAGUCCGGAGAAAGGGAGUAGGAACAAAAGGAAAAAAGAAAACACACUGAAAGACCAGCAUCACCUCAAGCAAUGGAAAUAGAAGAAUCACCAUCGUCGCCAUUAUCAUCAGUUCCGAUUACAAAAGAGCCACCAAAGAUUCACCGGCUGGAAGAGUCAGUGGUGAAUCGAAUAGCUGCCGGAGAGGUUAUACAACGGCCUGUAUCGGCUGUGAAAGAGCUGGUGGAGAAUAGUCUAGAUGCUCACUCUACUUCCAUUAAUGUUGUCGUUAAAGAUGGUGGCCUUAAGCUUAUUCAGGUCUCCGAUGACGGACAUGGUAUUCGAUAUGAGGAUUUGCCUAUACUAUGCGAGAGACACACGACGUCAAAACUGUCUACUUAUGAGGAUUUGCAGUCAAUAAAGUCGAUGGGGUUUAGAGGAGAGGCGUUGGCUAGUAUGACUUAUGUAGCUCAUGUUACGGUUACUACAAUCACUGAAGGUCAGUUGCAUGGCUACAGGGUGUCUUAUAGAGAUGGUGUCAUGGAGCAUGAACCAAAGGCCUGUGCUGCUGUCAAAGGGACUCAGAUUAUGGUAGAGAAUUUGUUCUAUAACAUGAUUGCUCGGAGGAAGACGCUCCAGAAUUCUGCUGAUGAUUAUUCUAAAGUUGUAGACUUGCUAAGUCGCUUUUCCAUUCAUCACACAAACGUGAGCUUUUCAUGCAGAAAGCAUGGAGCUGCAAGAGCAGAUAUCCACUCAGUAGCAACAUCGUCAAGGCUGGACUCCAUCAGAACAGUUUAUGGGGCCUCAGCUGCUCGCAACCUAAUGAAGAUAGAAGCCUCAGAUGAAGCUUCAAAUUUUGACAUGAAUGGAUUUAUCUCAAACUCCAAUUAUGUUGCAAAGAAAACAACAAUGGUGCUUUUUAUUAAUGAUAGACUGGUGGAAUGCACUACUUUGAAGAGAGCUCUUGAAAUUGUUUAUACUGCUACCUUACCCAAAGCUUCAAAACCUUUUGUGUAUAUGUCAGUCGUGUUGCCACCUGAGCAUGUUGAUGUGAAUGUGCAUCCAACAAAGAGAGAGGUAAGCCUCCUGAACCAAGAAACUAUUGUUGAGAAGAUACAAUUGGCUGUUGAAUCAAAAUUGAGGAGCUCAAAUGAGGCCAAGUCAUUUCAGGAACAGACUAUCGAUCCUUCUCCAAGUUGUCCUUUGGGUACAGGCAAGGACUUGAAGGUUGAUCCCUCAUCCAAUGGUUCAAAAGCACAAAAGGUUCCUGUGAAUAAGAUGAUAAGAACUGAUGUAUUGGAUCCGGCCGGAAGGCUGCAUGCCUACUUUGAGGCCAAACCUUCUGCCUUGAGUGCUGUGAGGUCUUCGGUUAGGCAAAGAAGGAACCCAAAGGAAACUGCAGAUCUUACGAGCAUCCAGGAGCUUAUUGAUGAUAUUGAUUGCCAUUGUCAUUCUGGUCUGUUGGACAUUGUACGGCAGUGCACUUAUAUUGGAAUGGCAGAUGAUAGUUUUGCAUUGCUUCAGUAUAAUACUCAACUGUAUCUCGCAAAUGUAGUGAAAUUGAGCAAAGAGCUUAUGUAUCAACAAGCUUUACGCCGGUUUGCACAUUUUAAUGCUAUGCAACUAACUAAUCCAGCCCCUGUGCCAGAACUCAUUAUGUUGGCCUUGAAAGAGGACGAAUUGGACCCAGAUGCGAGUGAAAACGAUGACUUGAAAGAGAAGAUUGCAGAACUGAACACUGAAUUGCUCAAGGAAAAGGCUGAAAUGCUGGAUGAAUAUUUGAGCAUUUAUAUUGACUCGCAUGGAAAUUUGUCUAGGCUUCCUGUGGUACUUGACCAGUACACACCUGACAUGGACCGGAUUCCUGAAUUUCUACUUUGUUUGGGCAAUGACGUUGAUUGGGAGGAUGAGAAGAACUGCUUUCAAGCAAUAGCAGCUGCUCUUGGAAACUUUUAUGCUAUGCAUCCUCCUCUAUUGCCCAAUCCAUCAGGUGAUGGUUUGGAAUUUUACAAAAGGAAAAGAUCUCCAAAGAAUUCAGAAGUUGAAGAAGUCACCACCGUUACAGUGCUCACAGGUGAUGUUUCAGUUGAGGAUGAAAUUGAGCAUGAACUCCUCUCUGAGGCUGAGACUGCAUGGGCUCAACGUGAAUGGUCAAUUCAGCAUGUCUUGUUUCCUUCUAUGAGACUCUUUUUAAAGCCACAAACUUCAAUGGCUACAGAUGGAACAUUUAUUCAGGUAGCUUCACUGGAGAAGCUGUAUAGGAUUUUCGAGAGAUGCUAACUGAAAAUGAAUCUCUUCGAGAACAGCUAUGCAAGUCCUUGCAGAUCCGAGUUCCUUUGUUCUGGACUUGAAGACAGGUAUUUGUGCAGUAUGACUGCUGCUGUUCUUUCGGCCUUUUAUAUAAUGACCAUUUAUUCUGUUGUGUAUAUGUGUAUAAUUUGUGUAAAGGAAGAACCUCUCUGAUGUAGAUGAUUUUGGAUGCCAUCUGACAUUUUAACCAUUCUAGUUUUUUUGGCA